AUGGCCGAGGCCAUCCUUGCCGGCCUUCACUCCAGUGGCCAUCCUGGCUCCCGUCUGCGCUUCUCGGAGCCCUUUGAGGAGCGUCGCAAGUACAUGGAGUCCCGCUAUCCUGAGCUUGUCAGCUCCACCGACAACGAGGCUGCUGUCGAUGGCGCAGACGUUGUUGUUCUCGCCGUCAAGCCCCAGGUGCUAAAGUCCGUGCUCACAACCCUUGCUCCCCAGCUUGUACGGAACCCGUCCAUGUUGCUCAUUUCGAUCGCUGCUGGAAUCACAACCGAGGCCAUGUCAGAGUGGUUGUCGUCGGACUCGGUACCGAUCGUCCGCUGCAUGCCCAAUACGCCCGCUCUGAUUGCCGAGGGUGCUGUAGGCCUUUAUGCCAAUGCUCGCGUAAACCAGGACCAGCGCUCGGUCACCGAAUCGAUCAUGCAUUCAAUUGCAAAGCAGGUCUCCUGGGUCCAGAAGGAGGCUCAAAUCGAUACUGUCACUGGCAUCAGCGGCAGUGGCCCGGCAUACUUCUUUCUCAUUAUGGAAGCCAUGCAAAAUGCCGGUAUCGCAGCUGGUCUGACGCCGGAAGAUGCAAAGGCCCUUACACUACAAACUUGCAUCGGUGCAGCACGCAUGGCACAGGAAUCAGAGGAUGACCUUGCCACCUUGCGCCGUAAGGUCACGUCGCCCAGAGGCACUACGGAGGCAGCCAUCAAGUCAUUGGAAGGCAACAACAUCCGACAAGUCAUGCAAGAUGCCGUCUUUGCUGCUGAACGACGGGGUCAGCAGCUUGCUGAGGAUCUAUCCCACUAG